UACAGUCAUGCAAGUUUUAACUAACAUAUCCAUAUAUGCAUAAAUAUAUAUAACUUUAAGGUAGAAAAAAGUUUUCAUGAGAAAAUAAACAACAAAGACCAGGUUAUCGAAGAAAAUAAUUUAUUUAUAUGGUAUUGUAAGUAAAUAAGAACUGAAGGUUAAGAACCACUUUGUUUGUUUUGAUCUGUAUUAUAGAACAUUAUUCAGUCGUUUCUAAGUCGUCUGUAAUCUAUGGUUGUCUUGUGUCUAUUACCUAUACACAAAAUCUUUAAUCGUUCUACAUAAAUUGACCGAAGUGCAAUACUACGAUAAGAACAUUCUUGUUAUAGUGUUAAAUUUUUAUUGUAGUUCCAUAUCACGAGUUUUGUUGACCAAGUGUAGACGUACAUAACUGAGUUUUGGAAUAUUUGUGUUGUUUAAAAUCACAUUGAGUUACACCGAGUUUUAUUCGCAGCCAAAUAUUUUAAUUGCAAGUAAUUUUAUUAUUUUAUACGCUAAAUUAGAGUAAAAUAUUAUAUUUUGACAGUCCAAAAGUGUUUUGUAGUUGCAGUAUAAUAUAUAAUAUAUAGUGGUCGAGUCGGCCGGAUCCCGCCACACAACCGUGGGCGGUUGCGGAAACGUGCGGGCCGUGGUCAUCGUCGCAGCAGUUAUGUUUGCGGCUCAACUUGCGGCAGCUCAACAAGUGGCGUUGAAGACGGGCCGCUUGCCACGCGUCUACAACGCCCUGAUCACCACCGAUCAGCGUCUGUUGCCCAGCCAAGCGGAACCGAUCGUCACGCCCGUGUUCCGUCCGCUCCAGUUCCUCUACGAAUGGCCCCAAGUGAAGUACGCGGCCGCUCCGUCGUACCCGUCGCCGAUGUCGGAUGUGGAGGCUUCUGCUGGUACCGACGACGGAUCGUUGGGACACGACGAGUCGCGGCCCGUCGCUGCGGUCGUCAAGAACAACAGGCCCGUGGACGGUGAGGUCGUCAAGAACAACAGGCCGGCAGGAUCUUCGGUACCGGACGUACCGCCGCCGCCGCUUCCGGUCACGCGCGGCCAGAAUGGCGCCGUCAAGAAGAGACCGGAUGAGUAUCCGCCCAUGCCGGGUGGUUUCGCCAUUUGAACACCACCAACGCUUCACUCCUACAAUCGCCCCAAUCAACCACCAUAAAAGGGUUUAGGUCGACGAGACGAGACACAGCCCCUCUCGCCCGUCAAACGAUUUUCUAUCAUAGCUGUACAACCGUGUGAUGAUAUAUUUUAAAAAUAUUUAUUAUUGCGUUAGGUUUUCCGUUCGGUUUGGUUGAAUAUUGUUAUAAUACCGUUCGGGGAUGUUAUGACUCACCGUCUCUCACCCCCGAACUUUCACCAAUUUUAAUCGUUUUAGUGCGUCUACAAUUUUUACGAAUUCGUUUUAACUAUUUAUGUAAUAAUAAUAUGUACAUAUAGUACCUAUAUACCUAUGUCGUUAUUCGACGUUAUUCGACAGUUUUUAACUCAUAAUAUUAUUUUAAAAUAAAAUUAUUAUUUUGAUGUUUUCACUUGCGUGGUCGGAAAAUAUAAUCAAAAUUAUUUUAGUCACUUUUACCUGGUCUGUAUGUUAUUUUUGUGAUCGGUCUUACACACUGUGAAAUCAUCUUAUUUAGAUUUAAUACUGUAACCUUGCAAAACCAUGGUAUUGUGUAAAAUGUAUACAUUAAAAUUAAUAUUUAAAAUUAAUUAUAAUAAUGCAUUAUAAUAUUUUAUAGGUUAGUAAUACCUAUUUAAUUUAUUCAGUAACAUUACACGUACAUGUAAUACAUAAAAUAUCAUUGUUAAUAUUUUUAAUUCUGGAUAAUAUCAGACAUCAGUAUUCAGUACUACGUGACUGUGUUAAGUUUUAAGACCAUUAGGCAUUAAUUAAGUAUUUAUCCAGUAAUACAAAUGAUACAAUUAUAACAUUUACAUUUAAUGUUUUCAACAAUAAAUGUAUAGUAACUAUCUUAA